AAAAAUAUUUUAAAAAGUGAGAAUGUCAAGUGUUUUAACAGUUUUGUAUCAAUUGCCAUCGAUCUACUAGUACCAAGUAUAGUGGUGCACAAAGGAAACAGUUCACAGAGCCGGCCCGUAAGUCCCAUCGGUGCAUCCUCGGCUGGGAUGCCGGCUCUUCCCACUGGCAAGAAUGUACUAGUGUCUGGUGGUACAGCUUAUUCAACCUUGGGGGAUCAGGAAAUGAUAGACAGUGAUGUCAAUGUUACUAUUGAAAAUUUAUCAUCUGGGAAUACUGUUACACGUCCUACAUCACUUCCUGUGCCGUCUUGUCAGCCUAGUCCACCCGACAAAAUUGAUUCGGAGUCCAACAAUUACCGCAAUAGGGCAAACACCAAGGUGAAAUUACUAGUGAGAAGCCAUGCAAUGAGGGAAUCAACUUCGCCACCACGUGAACCCCACAAUGGGGCUGCGUCGCCACGUAGCCCCCAACAAUCUGAUGCAAUUGAAAAGAAACUGGGGAACGCGAGCAACGGUGGUCUCUCACCCAAUAAUUCAAAUUCAAAAUUAAACAACGAGUCUAUUUAUAACAAUAGUAACAAUUUGAGUGCCGCCCAAUCGCCAAAACAAACGCGAAAUACCGCAACUUCACCAACUUGCCGUACUCCAUCGAGAAAUGGUCAAUCUAGUCCAUUACAGACACCAAAGAGUGCUAGUACAUCACCAACGAAUAAUCGUGAUAAUAAAAAUGACAAUGGUCAACGAUCUAAAGCUACCAGCCCUCUAGUUGUUACGUCAUCAUCAAAGUGCAAUAAUUGCGUUAAAAACAAUCACAAUAAUGAUAAACCUGGAUUAUUACAAACACCACCAUCGCCUUCGAAAUCAACUGGCGUACAGUAUUCACCAAAAAAUCACGGACAUACAAAUAAUUACAGUAAUAAUAAUUGCCAGCAAUCUCGUAAUGAUAAUCGGCGUUCUCUUAGUGUUUGUAAUAAUCAGUGCUCAAAUCAAUGCUCUAGCAAUACAUUGACUGUUGGUAGUCGCACAAGACACAAAUUGCGGCAUCAAAAUUCAUCCUCACAAGGAAGCGGUAGUUUAGACAGUGUAUCGCCGUGCUUAUCACGUGAUAACAGCACAGAACUCUAUACUGAUAGCACUGGUAUUGAUCUCGAGCAGUUUAUUGCCGUGACGAUAAACCGUAAUCAAAAGGACCGCUCGGUUUUGUUGAAAAUAGAGCGUGAAUUGAUAGAAUUUGCUAAAGACCACCAUAAAGUUUGCCAUAAAUUUCCCAAUAUGUCGUCGUACAAUCGGAUGCUGGUCCACCGUGUCGCCGCAUAUUUCGGGAUGGAACACAAUGUUGACCAAUCGGGUCUUAGUGUAAUCGUAACACGUACCAAGAACAUGAGAAUACCCGACACAAGGUUCAAAGAACACAUUAGGGACGAUUUGAUAUUGACCGAAGAGCCACGUCGCAGUAUACUUAAACGUGACUCUAGUUCGUUUGAAGACGGCUAUAAUUUCAAGUCGCCUGACAGGCUUUCGGGUGACUACUGCCGACGCAGCAAGAGUUUCGAAGAACGGGAGGAGGAAUACGAAAAAGUUCGCCGUCGGAUUUUCAAGGACAGCAGCGGUGAAAGCAAUGAAGUUGUCUCCUGGCCAUACUGGUCGUCUUCGGAAAGUUCCGAUGCGUCGGCACGUUAUCGAUUGCUUCAUCCUGGUGACCAUUCUGGGCGCCACGCUCGUUUGUCCAAGGGUGAAUCUUGCGACGGACGUGAAGCAUUUCGCGGUGUUUUACGUCCUUCAGUGUCUAAGUCGUUCAGUUUUGGUGGGUAUACUCGUGGAAUGCUAUCACGUGGUGAUAGUGUCACUUCAACUCGUAGCGCGGGCGCUAGACUAACUAAACAAGAUUCUGGUGCUAGUAUGUGCUCAAGAUUGAGCCCUUCUAGCAGCGGAUACAAAUCACAAAGCCAACGGAGUGAUACCACGAUAUCACCAUCACCAUCACCCUCGCCAAUUCCCGCGAAUUCUUGCAGUCAUGUACAAUCUAGUCAAAACAAUAACAAUGCCUCAAUAGACACCCAAUCCAAUGAAACAGUCAUUUGGGCGGUCACUAAUAUCUCUAGCGUACCACUGGGUAGCGUAAUUAUGAAUCCACGCACCAAUCAACCGUACACCAAUUCAGAUGGUACGCUUUAUCGCUUUGAUCCCGACAAUCCUCCGAAGGUAUUCAGCGAUAUUGAAGAGAUUCGUGAAAGCCCGUCGUCAGAGACGCCAGAUAAAUUUCCUGAAUUACCUGAGUCUCCUAGACACAAUGUGCCAGUUAAUAAGUAUAGUUCUAAGAAGCAUAAAAACUCUAUUAAAUCAUCACCACCAUCAUCGGUUAGCAACAACAACGCUGUUAGUAACCGUGUAACUAGUACAGCUACGUCCCCAACUCUACCAUACUCAGCUAGUCCUCCGCCAGCGGUGCCCCAACCCAUUCAAGUUCAAGACUUACCAUAUAACCAGCCAAUUAAAUCCCCGCCACCCUGCACUCCCGGAUCAUUGAAUCCGCAAUACCAAAACUACUCUCAGAAUACCGAAUUAAAUUACAAUCCCCCAGUAUUUACAAAUGCUCAACCCCAGAAUAUCAUCCAACGACCACCGGACUUGGCAAUAAAUCAGCAACAGCAGCAGCAACCGCCUCCUCCACCGCCACCACCGCCCCCUGACAUGGUCUUCGGGCAGAACAAUGUCUACGGAAAUUACCCAAUGAUGAUGCAAACCGCCGUUCAUCCCCAAUCAGAAGUAACCGAUCUUUCCGGCUAUUUCAUGGGUAUGAACGUCUAUGAGCAGUCACGAGCCGGGUCAGAAGCGUCGCAAACCACCCCGACGUUCCCAGCACCUCCACCGCCGCCUCCUCCACCCCUUCCGCCACCCAACGGACACAAUGCUCCGAACAACCAAGCUUAUUGGCAGCCGCCUAACCAAGGACAGCAUCCUCAACAGCAUUCUCAUCCGCCCAACCAGAUAGCCCCCCAGCAAAUGUACUUCGUCCCUCCGUCAGGGUCCACCUUGACCUCUAACGACCGCUCUACGAUCCAGCACCAAAGAUUCCCUUCUAAUUACACGUAUAACCCCCAAACGAUGACCCCACCCAACACGGGACCCAAUUAUCCAGUCAACGGCUACCCAAUCUCCUACAAUUCGAUGCCGGCUGUCACUCCUUCACCCACUGACUACUCCUACCAGAAUCCUCUGUCCAUGAUGCCGACUUACUACUCAGGACAACCUGGAAUGCAGCCGCCGAUGAUGUGGCGAGUCCCCACACCACCAACCACCCCCACGUCCAACCAAAUGCCAGGUAUUCCGGUGAUGUACGUCAACUCAGGCACCUAUCCUCCCCCAACGAUGGUCACUGCUGGUUCUUAUGGUCAUCAGUUGUCGGGAACGGCUCCUGCUCCGCCUGGAGCCGUCUACAUGACGCCUUCUCUUCUGCCCAAUCUGCCAAACCUCGUGUUCCGACAGAAUGUACCCAUGAUGACCAGUGGAAUCCGUGCAUCAACGCCUUCUGGGUCUCAACGGACCAGCAGGUCGCCCACGCCAGGUCACGAGUAUCCUAUCAACUCACCAAAUGGACCCACUGUUAAUGGCGUGGCUGGCAUUGACAACAGAAACGCACAAGCACAAUCGCGUUACCCACUGCCAAUGUACCAGGGUCUUCAUAUUGUGCCAGGGGACAUUAGACUGAUGCAUCCAGGCAUGGCGAACAAUCCCCGGCUCCAGUACGCUCCUGGACCAUCUCCAUCAGUCGUUCAAGGCUGCCCUCGUCCUUUCAGACCACCAUCUUACUCUUCUAACUCUGGAUGUCCUACGCCCAACUCUUUUGAUGGACGGAACCAAAAAAUUCGCAAACAAAGGUCCAAGGUCACCACUUUGCCAUCAAACGUCAGGUCCAAUGUCUAUCAAGUUUCUUCUAUGCCUCCAAACCCGCCCAAAGAUAUGCAAGGAACCGUUAAAGUUACAAUAAAUCGC